AUGGUCUCGCACUCUCGCUUAUUUAUGACACCACAAAAAGGCAAGUUAAUGUCUUGUGGGCAUCUAGGACCUAAGUUAUAUAACCAGAUCGUCCAUGCUCCAAUGCAUAAACCACAAGUAAUACUAAUAUCUCACAUUAAUCAUGUACGGAGCAAUACACACAUCCUUCAGAUGUGGGAACCAGGUUUUCCAAGUGCAAGGGCUGGAGUCGGUGGUGAGGUUCACCAUGCAAUGAGUGGCUAUCACAAGAAGAUGAAGUCCCCCAUGAACUUAUCCAGACAAGGAGCCCUCUCUCAAUUCUCUGAGGAUGGAAUCCCGGGCGAUCUCACCAAUAAUAAUGUGCAUGGUAUUGGACACUCUGAAGAGAACAUCACCGCCAACAAUGUGGCACGUUCCUUCUCAAGUGGGUUCUCAAUUGGAUCAUGGGAGGAUUCAAAUUCUAUUGUGUUUUCCAACCCGGCAAACAAAGCAGGAAUACACAACAAUGACGACAUCAUAGCCAGUACUAGUAACUCUUAUGAAUUACAGUUUGGUGUGGCGAAGGAAAUGGCGGACCUACUGCAGAUGCAGCAAGACCAAGUUCCUUUCAGAGUACGAGCCAAGCGUGGAUGUGCCACGCAUCCAAGGAGCAUAGCAGAGCGGGACCGAAGAACGAGGAUCAGCGAGAAGCUCAGAAAGCUGCAGGCCCUUGUGCCUAACAUGGACAAGCAAACUAGCACAGCGGACAUGCUGGAUUUAGCAGUUGAUCACAUCAGAGGACUCCAGAGCGAGCUGCAGGCUCUCAAGGAAGACAAGGAGAAGUGCACCUGCCGCGGCAAUCAUCCACCAGGGAGAUAA